UAAUUCUUACAUCAGCUGCUUGAGGAAACAUAUGUUCGGUCUUCUAAUGAUGACACAUCACUUUGUUUACAAAUGAAAUGUUUUUUAUUCAUCGUUUUUAUUUCUUUUUAUAGCGCAUAACACAUUAUCAUAUCCACAUAUACAUAUAUAAUGUGAAAAUUGAUUUGCUAGUCUUAUUUCCUAUUAUCUAAAUUGAUAGAUUAUGUGUCUCUUAUCACAUAUUAUAGAUGACAAUAUAUUUUGUUAUCUACUACUUUUCAUGUAAAGACUUUUCUUAGUUCAUUUGUUUGCCUUCUAUCAAUGUUUUACUCUUGACCUGUUGCUUCUAAAGAAAUCUAUUGUCAUAUUAAUGUACAGGAAGAAAAAAAUCUUGUUACGAUUAUUUAGAAAUUGUUUUUAAACACUUGCAUACAAAAUGUCAAAUUAUCCGUAUGAAUAUGCGAGAUGUCUAGAUAUGGAUCAAAUAGAUGAAUCAUCCCAAGCUCGUUCUUUGGAAGGUUUUACUCCACUUCUCAGCAUUCACGAAGCAUGUGGAGCACUGCUCAUGAUUUUGGUAAUCAUAUGGACGAGUUACUAUAGAGAUGGUUUUUCAUGGAAGUCUAAUCCGCAGCUUGAGUUUAAUUGGCAUCCUCUAUUAAUGACUAUAGGACUCGUGUUUCUGUAUGCUAAUGCCAUGCUCAUCUAUAGAACGCAAAGAAACGUUCGCAAACGCCGACUAAAGUUCACCCAUGCAGGAAUGAUGUUCUUUAUUGUAUUAUUGACAGUGAUUGCCUUAGUAGCGGUCUUUGACAGUCAUAAUUUAGCAUCGCCUAAUCCUAUACCAAAUAUGUAUUCAUUACAUAGCUGGGUGGGAUUAACGACCGUAAUAUUAUUUUGCUGUCAGUGGGUCGCUGGAUGUGUCUCAUUCCUCUUCCCUGGGUUACAAGGACCAUUACGAGCUUCUUAUAUGCCAAUACAUGUAUACUUUGGUGUCGCAGCCUUUGUUGGUGCAAUCACAUCGUGUUUAUUGGGACUCAACGAGAAAGCAAUCUUUAGUUUGCAGGACAAAUACAAAACUUUUGUGGGUGAAGGAAUACUGAUAAACUGUAUAGGAUUACUCUUUAUUAUAUUUGGUGGCUUAACUGUAUACUUGGUAACACAGGAACGUUAUCGACGUUUACCGAGACCUGAGGAUGACGUCUUACUGUCUCGCUAAUAUCCUAAUUCAACAAUUUGCUGUGAUUCACUUCACAAUAUAUAUAUCGAUACCAAAUCUCAAAUUCAAUGGAAUGUACUUACUACAGGUUCUUUCUUAGGUAUAAGUUUUAUAUAUAAUUUCACAAUAAGGCUGCUUCCAAUUAAUCGAAACAAUAUGUUCGUUUUAAUUAAAAAAAAUUAAUAGAAAAUAA